AGCGCAAAGCCAACUGCAGGUGUAGUCUGUGGCAAGGAGCACUGGGAGACAACUAAGAGGCAGCGACAAUGUCUGUAAACUGGCGGACAAUUCCUACUCAUCUUGGAGUUUUUAAGGUGAACUGCAAAGGCCUGGCAUGCCUCUUGGUCUUCACAGUGAGUGUGUGUGGCAGUGCCCCAGGGAUGUGUCCGACAGCCUGCAUCUGUGCCAGUGAUAUUGUAAGCUGCACCAAUAAGAACCUCUCUCGGGUGCCAGGAAAUCUUUAUAAAUGUAUGAAAAGGCUGGAUCUGAGUUAUAACAGAAUUGGGUUUUUGGAGCCUGAAUGGGUCCCAGCACUGUUUGAGAAACUGAACACUUUAAUAAUCAAUCAUAAUAGCAUUAGCAGCGUCAUUACUGGAAGCUUUUCCACAACCCCAAAUCUGAAGUACCUAGACUUGUCGUCCAACAACCUGAAGACGCUGGGCAGCCCUGUGUUCCAGGAGCUACGGGCGCUCGAGGUUCUCCUGCUGUACAACAACCAGAUAACACAGAUAGACUCUUCAGCCUUCGGAGGAUUGUACAAAUUGCAGAAACUGUACUUAAGCUACAACUUGCUCUCGCAUUUCCCGCUGGACCUGUACACUGGAAAACAUAAGCUGACAGACCUUGUGUUGCUGGACAUUUCCUUUAAUCACAUCCAGUCGAUGCCUGUUCAGCGCCUGAGUUCAGUGCCGGCCAAACAUCUUAGUGGAAUUUAUCUUCAUGGCAAUCCAUUUUAUUGUGACUGUAUGCUGUAUUCCAUGCUAAUCUUCUGGUAUCAAAGGCACUUUGGCUCAGUGGUGGACUUCAAAAAUGAGUACACCUGUUUGUUGCGAUCAGACCCAAGAGGUUACAAUAAACUGCCUUUGCUGCACGAUAACUCUCUGAAUUGCUCCGAAAGCACCGUCAACAGCUCUUUCCAAGCCUUUGGGUUUAUUCACGACGCCCAGGUUGGUGACAGGCUGAUUGUACACUGUGACAGCAGAAUCAGCGAUGCAGGCACGCACUUUGUUUGGGUUAGUCCGGACAAUAGAUUGCUGGAGCCAGACAGGGAGACCGACAACUUUAAGGUGUUUCGUAACGGCAGCCUGGAAAUAACAGAUGCCCAGCUAGAGGACUCGGGGCUGUAUUCCUGCAUUGCAAUAAAUAAGAAAAGACUCUUAAACGAAACCAUAGAGGUUAGAAUAAACGUCAGCAAUUUCACAGUGAGCAGGUCCCACGCUCACGAAGCAUUUAAUACAGCUUUUACCACCCUUGCUGCCUGUGUAGCCAGUAUUGUUUUAGUACUGCUGUAUCUCUAUCUGACCCCCUGUCCGUGUCAAUGUAAGGCGAAAAAGAGGAAGAGGAAGCUGAACCAAAGCAGUGCCCACUCAUCCAUACUGAAUUCCACUUCACCGCAAGAGCUGCCAGCUGAUGAGAAGAAGGCUAGUACUGGUAAACGGGUAGUUUUCCUGGAACCCGUGCACGAACCAAAACACAGUCAGAACGGGAAAGUAAAACUGUUUCCUAACGAUAAUAUCAUUGCUGAGAGUAUCUUAAAAACUACUCGAACAAAAUCUGACUCCGAUUCUGUCAACUCUGUGUUCUCAGAUACGCCUUUCAUGCCAUCAACUUAGUGCGCUGCCCGUGUUUGUAUCGUGCGGUUACGUUUCUGAAUACCUCCUUUGCUUGUAGCAACCAUCAGGAAAAACAAAUAAAAAGAGCGAAAAUGUUUUA